AUGGCGGAAAGGUGGACAUCCGAUCAAAAUAUAAAGUUUGUGGAGCUAUACAAGAAUCAAAAGAACUUAUGGAAUUGUUUGGAUCCUAAUUACAAGAACAAAGAUUUGCGUAAAGCGUCGUUAGAACACAUCCGCUUGGAAUGCAAUUUACAAAACAUGAAUGAAGUUACAAAAAAAAUCAAAAAUUUACGCUCAACGUAUAACCAGGAGUUAUUGAAAAUUGAAAAGAGCAAAAAAAGUGGAUCUGGCACUGAUGAGAUCUAUAAACCAUCUAUCAAAUGGUUCGAUUCUGUGGAUUAUAUUAUGAAAAUAAUUAAUCUUAAAGAAAAGGAAACAUCAAGUUAUUUGCCUGUAGCCUACCAGCUUGUAGAGGUCGCUACUGAAGCUUAUCAACCUGUUGAACCUACAACAUCUGCAUUCUCUGCGCCACUGCUGGAUCAAUUUGAAUCUAUACUCCAAUCUAAUGAUGUACUUGCUGCAGCAAUAUCAAUCUCUAAUAUUAAAAAAUAA